GACAAGCAGUACCAGGAUGUGGGCGUUCCCAGACCGUAAACAACUGCGCAUGCUCGGCUCGGAUUCCACCAAAUUGGAAAAAUAUGGCGGCGCUGUUGACAACAGUAACAGAGCAGUGGAUACGAGAGAAGCUACAUCUAAAUCACCAUUGCCUUGCAGAUGUGAGAUCACUGAGCCUCCCAGGAUCAUACAAGGAGAAAAUCAGACAUCUGGGAAUCUCACUAAAGAACUUUGUCCGUUUGAAAACCCUGAACCUCUCCUGUAAUGCACUAAUCUCUGUCGAGGGGGUCCAACACUUGAAGAGGCUGGAGAGGCUGAACUUGUACUACAACAGCAUUCCCUCCCUUCAGGAGGUCAAAGUGCUCUGGCAGCUGACUGCUCUGAGAGAGCUGGACCUGAGGCUCAACCCUCUGGCUAAAACAGAUCCACACUACCGCCUGUACUUUGUGCAUGCACUGUCCAACCUUCGCAGGCUUGAUGACUGUCCAGUCAGGGACAGUGAGAGAAGAGCUUCAAUCAUGCAUUUCUCCUCAGACUCUGUGCUCAGACCCCAACAGACGAGCUCCUCGGAGACAGACAUCACUGACCAGAGGAGCAGUAAGCUGAGGAUGGCCUCAGUAAAUCGCCUGGCCAAGAAGCUCUCUGUCCUGGAUGACAACGAUGACAUAGUGUUGAACCUUGUCGCUAAGAGCAACUGGGACCAAAGUGAACCUCUGUUCCUGACUGGCUCUUCCCACAAGGAGCCAGAGUCCCAGCUCUAUCAUCAGAUCAAAGAGGAGUCUUGUCAUUCCCAGUCCAAUGGUCAACGUUUAAGAGAAGGAUCUCGAAGGAAAGGUUCUUCCUCCUCGUUGAAAACGUCAGAGGGGCCGAGGGUAACCUUUAACCCCCGCGUAGAGAAGCACAGCGGGAGGAGCGAGAGAAACUCCCCAAAUAAAGUUGACCAGCAGAAGUCUUCCUUAGUGAAGAUCCGCCCCCCCAGUCCAAGAAGUCCCUGUCCCAGUAGGUCUGAUGCCACCAACCCCAUCCUGCACCCUCCCAGACUGUCCUACCAUAACACCCAGCAGACAGCAGGGGGCUCCACCUCACCACAGAAACAUGCCAAGCAACAGAAGGGAAGCUAUAGGAAACCAAUGGAUUUGCUGCUGAGCCUAGUGAACAAGCACUGGACAGGGGAGAGGCCUCUGCACCAUGACAACAACUUCCUCUCUCAGGCAGUCCAGAUCCUGUCCAUGAUGGAACGAGACAUCUCCGGUGGAGAAGCUGAGGUCAGGACGUUGAGAGGGAACGUUGAAGAGCUGAAGGAGCAGGCAGAGAUACGAGACCAAGACCACAGGACAGAGACCCAGAGACUAACUACACAGCUGGAGGAAGCACACAUGUCUGUUGACAGUUUGAAUGAGCAGCUGAGGAUACUAUUGGAGGAUAACGUCUCUCUACAGAAGCAGAUGAUCAGAUUAGAAAAACAAUAUCUCAACUCUAUGAUGAAAAGUUCACCCAACACUGAGAUAUGUGAGAAACAGGCAGAGGUGGAUGAGCUGAGGAAGAAGGUUGAGGAGGGGGAGAGAGUCAAGGAGCUGGCAGGUAUGCUGCAGGAGAACCAUAGGUCACUGGUUGCGACUAAUGAGCAUUUGCUGAGUGAAUUGGAGAGGACUGUGAGACGGCUCUGAGUAGGAGAGGGAGGGGCAGCUACACGUCACAACUACAACAACUAGAGAGAACUGGAGGAGACUAGGAGACGACUCUGAGGAGCUACACGUCACAACUACAACAACUAGAGAACUGGAGGAGACUAGGAGACGGCUCUGAGGAGCUACACGUCACAACUACAACAACUAGAGAGAACUGGAGGAGACUAGGAGACGACUCUGAGGAGCUACACGUCACAACUACAACAACUAGAGAACUGGAGGAGACUAGGAGACGGCUCUGAGGAGCUACACGUCACAACUACAACAACUAGAGAGAACUGGAGGAGACUAGGAGACGGCUCUGAGGAGCUACACAUCACAACUACAACAACUAGAGAACUGGAGGAGACUAGGAGACGGCUCUGAGGAGCUACACAUCACAACUACAACAACUAGAGAACUGGAGGAGACUAGGAGACGGCUCUGAGGAGCUACACAUCACAACUACAACAACAAGCAGACCCACAACUACAACACCAGGGCCACAUUCCGUAGGUAAACGUUAUGGAACAUUGCAAAUAGAAAUGUCAUGAAUAGAGCCAAUUCCUUACUCUACAUGAUGUCAGAGAGGAAUGUUUGUUCUACAUUUCUAUCUAAACGUUCCAGAACGUUGUCCUGCUGAACGAGCACCAGCACCAGAUUCUCUUAUUUUAGCUCUAUAUACACUGCUGCCAACAUUUACACUGUUCCUUACUGACUGUAUCCACACCUUUACACUGUUCCUGACUGACUGUAUCCACACCUUUACACUGGUCCUUACUGACUGUAUCCACGCCUUUACACUGUUCCUUACUGACUGUAUCCACGCCUUUACACUGUUCCUUACUGACUGUAUCCACACCUUUACACUGUUCCUUACUGACUGUAUCCACGCCUUACACUGUUCCUUACUGACUGUAUCCACACCUUUACACUGUUCCUUACUGACUGUAUCCACGCCUUACACUGUUCCUACUGACUGUAUCCACGCCUUACACUGUUCCUGACUGACUGUAUCCACACCUUUACACUGUUCCUUACUGACUGUAUCCACACCUUUACACUGUUCCUUACUGACUGUAUCCACACCUUUACACUGUUCCUUACUGACUGUAUCCACACCUUUACACUGUUCCUUACUGACUGUAUCCACACCUUUACACUGUUCCUUACUGACUGUAUCCACACCUUUACACUGUUCCUUACUGACUGUAUCCACACCUUUACACUGUUCCUUACUGACUGUAUCCACACCUUUACACUGUUCCUUACUGACUGUAUCCACACCUUUACACUGUUCCUUACUGACUGUAUCCACACCUUUACACUGUUCCUUACUGACUGUAUCCACACCUUUACACUGUUCCUUACUGACUGUAUCCACACCUUUACACUGUUCCUUACUGACUGUAUCCACACCUUUACACUGUUCCUUACUGACUGUAUCCACACCUUUACACUGUUCCUUACUGACUGUAUCCACACCUUUACACUGUU